UGGCGUCUCCUAUAAAACCCAGAAACCGUCGCUUCUCCUUCUGCGCUCCUUCUUCCGUCGCCGGCGCGUCCGUACGUUCUUCUUCUUCUUCUUCUUCUUCUUCGCUCGCUCGCUCGCGGCUUCCGCUCUCCGCCGUCCGGCCCUGAGUUUUGGGUAUUUCAGAUAUGUCGACUAUAGCGCGAAGAGGAGUUCAUUACUUGCAUAAGCUCAAUGCUGCAAAUGUUCCCGCUGAUUUGAUCGAGAAAGGCCAAAAUCGUGUGAUAGAUGCUUCCCUUACGCUUAUUCAAGAGAGGGCGAAGUUAAAGGGAGAGCUCGUGCGAGCUUUAGGAGGUGCAAAAGCUUCAGCAUCUCUACUGGGAGUUCCUUUGGGUCAUAACUCGUCAUUUCUUCAGGGGCCUGCAUUUGCACCACCGCGUAUAAGGGAAGCCAUUUGGUGUGGUAGCACGAACUCGGCAACAGAAGAAGGGAAAGAACUGACUGAUCCAAGGGUGUUAACUGAUGUUGGUGACGUUCCAGUUCAAGAAAUUCGGGAUUGUGGAGUAGAUGAUGAUAGAUUGAUGAAUGUCAUCAGUGAGUCGGUCAAAUCAGUGAUGGAAGAGGAUCCACUGAGGCCGUUAGUUUUAGGCGGUGACCACUCAAUAUCAUAUCCGGUUGUCCGAGCAGUUUCUGAGAAGCUUGGGGGACCUGUGGACAUUUUACAUUUGGAUGCCCAUCCUGAUAUUUACCAUGCUUUUGAAGGAAAUAAAUACUCACAUGCGUCUUCUUUUGCGCGAAUUAUGGAGGGUGGUUAUGCACGACGUCUUUUGCAGGUUGGCAUCAGGUCAAUAACAAGUGAAGGGCGUGAGCAAGGGAAAAGAUUCGGUGUCGAGCAGUUCGAAAUGAGAACAUUCUCAAGAGACCGCAAUUUUCUGGAAAACCUGAAACUUGGAGAAGGUGUCAAGGGUGUAUACAUAUCUAUAGAUGUGGAUUGCCUUGAUCCUGCCUUCGCUCCAGGUGUGUCUCAUAUCGAGCCUGGAGGUCUCUCCUUCCGUGACGUGAUGAACAUCCUCCACAAUCUUCAAGCAGAUGUAGUUGCUGCCGAUGUGGUCGAGUUCAACCCCCAGCGCGACACUGUCGAUGGGAUGACGGCAAUGGUUGCUGCUAAGCUAGUAAGAGAAUUGACUGCAAAAAUAUCGAAAUGAGUACUUUCUCCUCGUCUUGUGGUCAAACAUCUGAUUGUGGUACGAGAGGAAAGCUUCUAAAUUGAUUGCUCCAAAGAAUAUUACUAGUUCCCAUUUCUUUUUGUCCAAUUUUACUGGCAAAUGAUUAUGUGCAUUGCCAUCUGCGAUGAUAACAGGUAUAGAAUCUGUUGCUUCAUUUUUGUGUUAA